CAGGUCUUGCUUGGGUCGCGCUCCCUCCCGGUCUGAGGCGUGAGACUGAGUUCACACGGUGCUGGGCCCCCAAAGCCAAGUGGGGUUGGGGGAAACAGAGUCUGCGAGUCCCGGCGCCCCGAGCGUAGGGCCCCGUGUUGGGCUCCUCCCUCCCUCUGUAUCCGCACCCUUGCGGGCUUUGCCCCUCCCUGGGGACCCCUCGCCAGGAGAUGGCCACGCUGAUGCGGGGCAAGGACUCCUCCCGCUGCCUGCUCCUACUGGCCGCGGUGCUGAUGGUGGAGAGCUCACAGUUCGGCAGCUCGCGGGCCAAACUCAACUCCAUCAAGUCCUCUCUGGGCGGGGAGACGCCAGCCCAGGCCGCCAAUCGAUCUGCGGGCACAUACCAAGGACUGGCUUUCGGCGGCAGUAAGAAGGGCAAAAACCUGGGGCAGGCCUACCCUUGUAGCAGUGAUAAGGAAUGUGAAGUUGGGAGAUAUUGCCACAGUCCCCACCAAGGAUCUUCGGCCUGCAUGGUGUGUCGAAGGAAAAAGAAGCGCUGCCAUAGAGAUGGCAUGUGUUGUCCUGGCACCCGCUGCAAUAACGGCAUCUGUAUCCCCGUCACUGAGAGCAUCUUAACUGCUCACAUCCCAGCUCUGGACGGCACUCGGCACAGAGAUGGAAACCACGGUCACUACUCAAACCACGACUUGGGAUGGCAGAAUCUAGGAAGAACACACACUAAGAUGUCACAUAUAAAAGGGCAUGAAGGAGACCCCUGUCUACGAUCAUCAGACUGCACUGAAGGGUUUUGCUGUGCUCGUCACUUCUGGACCAAAAUCUGCAAACCAGUGCUCCAUCCGGGAGAAGUCUGUACCAAGCAACGCAAGAAGGGCUCUCACGGGCUGGAAAUCUUCCAGCGGUGUGACUGCGCAAAAGGCCUGUCUUGUAAAGUAUGGAAAGAUGCCACCUACUCCUCCAAAGCCAGACUCCACGUGUGCCAGAAAAUAUGACCACCUCUGAGGGCGGAAAAGCACCACUAGCAGACUGUGAAUCUGUGUAUUUAGUACAUUAUAGCAUGGCGACUUCAGAAGGGCUAAAGUGAGGAGUGUCACAAGAUUAUAGAUCACAGAAAGAGAAAGAAAAUGGAGCAGAUUAG